AUGGCUGAAAUCCGUGUCGAAGAAGACGAGGCAUCCAGGUACGGAAGUGAGCCCAACUACGAUCGAAAGGCCCAAAAUCAAAAGAAGAGUGACUGGCGUCACCAGCCCUAUCAAAAGCGCGAAACCAACAGUAUAGCCAACCAGACCGCAGGUAAAUCCGCUAACAAUGACUAUCCAUCCCUUGCUUCCUAUUGCUUUAACGUGGAUGCAGGAGGCGUAGUAAACGCGCUUGAGAAGCUGGGGACAAAAACUAGGUGGCCGCACAAGAGCGACAGACCAGAUAGCGAGAAGGAUACCACCAAAUGGUGUAGCUACCAUGGAGACCAUGGCCAUCGCACAGAGGACUGCAACGCUCUCAAGAAAGAAGUGGCCUGGCUACUUAAGAAAGGUUAUCUGGAGCAUCUCAUGGGAAAGAAAGGGCAGCAAGAGAACAAGUCAGGUCCCAGCCAACAGCAACCUCGUCCACCACCUGAGCCUACGCAUGAUAAGGUAAUCAACUCUAUCUCUGGUGGAUCAAAAAUAUGUGGACUAACAUACUCUGCAGCUAAAAGAUUCGCCCGAGAAAGCUCCAAAGCUGUGCCAAAGCAAUACAGAAGCGUAGAGGAGAAAAGGCUAAGAGGCAUGACCAUCAGCUUUGACGAGGAAGAUGGAGAUGAAGAAGCUGACCACCAUGAUGGCCUUGUCGUAUCUCUCACAGUCAGCAACUGCCUCAUGAAAAGAAUAUUAAUAGAUAACGGUAGCUCAACUAAUAUCAUCUUCAAAAAUGCUCUUGAAAGCAUGGGGCUGCAGGAAGCUGACAUCCUCAGAAAAGCAACCCUCUUAUAUGGAUUCAAUGGCGAGCCAGCUACAACACUCGGAGAAAUCAUGCUACCUACCUAUGCGUAA